AUGGAUUCCAUUGACUUGAAUGAGCUUGAUGAUAGUAAAGAAUGGUUGUUAGGAGAAAGGGCCAAUGAGAAUGAAGAAGCUAUCCAAGAAGAAGAAUUAGUCUUUGAUGAGUUAACUUGGGAAGCUGUGGCAGCUGCAACUGGGUCUGGAAAUCAACCUCUAGUGCAAGAAGACCGUGAGGAAGAAGUAAUGAAUAGAAGUGAAGACAAGGAAGAACAAAUCUUCAAUAGUGAAAGUGAUGCAGAUGAGGAUGCAAUGCUUGACAUUGCAGCCGAGUAUGAUGAUGUUUUGCCCUUUUGUUAUAGGCUUUAUUAG